AUGAAAAAAGACCAUCGUCGGUGGACAUGGGAAUCGCCCAAUGGCGCGACUCGUGCGGAGAUCGACCACAUACUCACCAACCAGAGGUGGUGUCUACUUGACGUCUCAGUAGUACCACCAUCCUUUUGUAGUGGUUCUGAUCACCGUCUCCUUCGUGCGAAAAUACGUCUUAGCCACACGAUGGAAAAGAACAUCUCCAUUCGACAAAGAAGAAGAAAAGAAGUAUACGACGAUUGCGUACUCGAGGACUCCUUGUCCCAAGACGACUGGCACAUCGAGGAGGACUCAAACGUGGACUGGGAGAUGCUGCUCAGAGGAUUACGAGCCUGUGCUUUGCGUGCCUCGAAGCAGCGCACGACAAACUUGGAUCGAAUUUCGAAGACCCCCAAGGAAUUGUUGGAAAGAAGGACUUUGAGGCUUGAUCUGAAUGCAUCGCACAUUGAGCGGUUAACGACAAGCACUAGCUUCAGGAAAGAGUUGCAGGAAGAUCUUUCGAAAUACAGGCAGAAGAAGAUUCAGGAAACAAAGAAGAACGAGUCUAAAGAAGUGCCGCAGGGUUUCCGCAAAUAUAACAUUCCCCUAGCCUUGCUGAGCGAAGAUGGGACUCGCACGUCUUCUCGGCGUGAGAUGGAAACCAUUACUCGAGGUUCUACUCGAACCUAUUCCUAUCAUCAACUCCUGUGUCAAGCCCGAUCAUCCCCACUGAUGAAGCUCCACCACGGAUUCUCCCUUCGGAAGUACGAGUCGCUAUCAAGAGCAUGA